CUGGUGGAGUUGUUUACCAAACAUGUCUGGAGGGAUGGCUGACGAGAGAGACCGGGCAGUUUAUAUGAAAUUAGAGGCUCUUAAGGACAUUAGGGCUAAAGUUGUAGCAGUGGAGAGGCUGCGAGGCAGAUUAGCUCAAGAAGUGGAAGUGGUGCAGGCAGAGGAAGCCAGCCUUGCUGAGUACAGGGCCGAGAUGGAGCUGCUGCUGCAAGAGAAGAUGGCCCAUGUGGAAGAACUGCGGCAAAUUCAUGCUGACAUCAAUGCAAUGGAAAGCAUUAUAAAAUCAGCAGAAGACCUGCGCAAUAAAAGUCUAGAGCAUGCAAGGCGACUCUAUGACGAGUACCAUCCCCUCAAACAGGAGGCCAGCCGUUUAGCCUCACAACAGCUGGGACACGACUUCAGUUUACCAAAUCUAGCAGCUGAGGAUGACCCUGUGCCGCCAGAUUUCUUUGAGAAAGCAGGGGUAGAGUGGAACAUGGAUCAUGAUGAUCUUCGUGGUGGGAGUUUGAGUUUAUCUUCACUUGGUGCCAUGAGUGCCCCACCUUCCUUCCUGUCCCCAUCCGCUCCCUUGCCUGCACCUCUUCGAGCAACUCCUCAUAAAGCAGAUCAACGACCUCUACCUCCUCCUCCAGGGCCACCCACUCCAGCUUUCAGGCAACAACCACCCCCCAUGAAGUCCUGCCUUAGCUGUCACCAACAGAUUCACCGCAAUGCUCCUAUUUGCCCGCUGUGCAAGGCUAAAUCACGUUCACGCAACCCCAAGAAACCCAAAAAGAAAGAUUAAUGGUGACAGAUAUAUUCCCAGUUUUUCUGGAUGCAAUACUUUAUCUGACAGAAAUCUCUCAAUCAGCAUUGGAAUAAGUUUUCCAAUGUUGAUACUGCCAAGGUGUAUUUUGUAUAUGCUGCUUACUUUCUGUUACUGUUCUCUCAGUACCUUUCACAGUGUAAUAUAAAUAGUCCACUUACUAUGUAGAAAUUUGGACCCCUCUCUUCUAAUCUUAGUCCUUACCUGGAGGAAAUCUUGUUAGGAUUGAUCUUAGAUUCUCUAACCACUUUGGUUUAUCUGAUAGAGAAAACAUCCCUGCUUGCCUUGCAAACCAAAAUAGUAAUAAUUUUUUUUUUCCAAAAUAUAUAAAUGGCAUUAUAUCGAUAGCCUUUCACAAUUUAGUUUUGGUAUUCUGAAUAGAUGUUGAUGCCCAGCAAGCCUUUUAACAUAUUUUUUUGUGAAAGCUUUCAGAA